AACUAUAUUUUUACGUCACCAUUUCAUCAAGAGCGUCAAGGUGUUCUUGUCCUCCUGGAAAGAGAAGCUCUUAGCAGGAAGAGGACUGAAAGAGGACUCGAGUUUGUGUGGAGUAGCUGUUUCCUUGGUAACGGACGGUUGGUGACGUCUUGAUGCCCAAUGGCGACAUUUAUCUGCUUUAAAAAGCUUUCCAAGAGGGAGUUCUGGAAUUGUUUUGUUGCACAUUCCAGUGAAGGACUUCCUGAGCCUCAAUAUUCCAGAUGAAAGAAGCCAAAAUGGUCUGCUGAGGGGAAACCAUGAAGUUAUCAUACUAUUGAUGAUGGGUCCUAUUGUUUUGACUGCGCUGGUGCUGCUCCUGGCUGCGCAGGAAGGUUCUGGAGAGGGAAUCCAAAACAGAAGAAUCAGAAGGGAGCUGGCCAGUCCUCUGCAUGCCGGCGGCAUCAGGGACCCGUACGGCUCCUACUGCCACAGGCGAGGAGGCUGCUGCCCCGGCAGGGACGACCUGUGCACCGUGCCCUACCUGGACACCAUCUGCUACUGCGACCUGUUCUGCAACCGAACCGUCUCCGACUGCUGCCCGGACUUCUGGAACCGCUGUCUGGGCGUCCCACCACCUUUCAUUGAUGUCUGUGAAAGAAAUGGAAACAAGUUUUAUUCAGGGCAAACAUACAAAGAAAACUGCAAUUUAUGCACAUGUGGAUCCUCGGGACGCUGGGAGUGUGAGCAGAACGCUUGCCUUAUUGAGCCUGACGUCAUCAAUGCCGUCAACCGAGGAAACUACGGAUGGAAAGCUGCAAACUACAGCCAGUUAUAUGGCUUGACUUUGGAUGAAGGCAUCCGAUUCAGACUGGGCACAAAGAAACCUUCCAGCACUAUUAUGAACAUGAACGAGAUUCAGAUGAACAUGGACCCUCAGAACGAUCGUCUGCCGCUCUACUUCAACUCACUGGAGAAGUGGCCCGGGAAAAUUCACGAACCACUGGAUCAGGGCAACUGUGCCGCCUCAUGGGCUUUUUCAACUGCAGCCGUGGCAUCCGACCGAAUCUCCAUUCAGUCCAUGGGUCACAUGACUCCUCAGCUGUCGCCCCAAAACCUUAUCUCCUGUGACACACGCAACCAAGGAGGCUGCGCAGGAGGCCGGGUGGACGGAGCCUGGUGGUACCUCCGGCGUCGCGGAGUUGUGACAGAUGACUGUUACCCCUACCAACCUCCGCAACAAACCCCAGCAGAGGUGGGACGUUGCAUGAUGCAGAGUCGCUCAGUGGGGCGGGGCAAGAGGCAAGCCACACAGCGUUGCCCCAACACACAGAACUACCACAAUGACAUCUACCAGUCCACACCGCCCUACAGGCUCUCAUCCAAUGAAAAGGAGAUUAUGAAGGAGAUCAUGGAUAAUGGUCCUGUGCAAGCUAUUAUGGAGGUCCAUGAGGACUUCUUUGUCUACAAGAGUGGGAUCUACAAACACGCUGAUGUCAGCUUUGCCAAACCGCCGCAGUACCGCAAACAUGGCACGCACUCGGUCAGGAUCCUUGGGUGGGGAGAAGACAGAGACUAUAAUGGGACACCAAGAAAAUACUGGAUUGCUGCCAACUCCUGGGGGAAGAACUGGGGCGAGGACGGCUACUUCCGCAUCGCUCGGGGAGAAAACGAGUGCGAGAUCGAAGCUUUUGUGAUCGGCGUCUGGGGCAGAAUCACGAUGGAGGACAUGCAGAAUCACCACCAUCGCCGCAGACACAUUUAAAAGAAGACUUUUCUGAUUCUGAACCCCCCACUGUGAUCUUUGCUUUUUUUGCUCUGCAGCGAAGAACGUCACUGUGUCCCUUUAACAAACAAACUGUCUGGGACGGCCACUAAGCUAAAACCUUGCUUUGUAGUGGGGGGUCUAUGCAAACACUGUUAAUUCACCUCUUCAUUAGAACAAACUGCUCAACUUUCUCUGUAGUUCAAAAUUAAUGUCACCAAAAAACCCCAGGAAAAAAACAAACAAACAAAAAAUGAUUUGAAGCCUCUUGAUUUUGCCUUGCAGUCUCACACCUCAGGUAUCUCCGCUCCAAAGACAACACAUCCAGAAACCUCCUGGCAUCGGCUGGACCAGCUCAUAUCAGAGACGAUGACAGAGGAAGAAGUUCAAUCUGCUCCUUUUAUCCUUCAGUCUCUGCUAGCUCUAAAUCUAUAAUCCAGACAAACCGGACACUGCAAGCAGAGCUGGGCGAAGUGGAAAUCUGAGAGGCAGAUUAUCAGACAUCAGUCCUUGUGAGAAGGACACUCCUCCGCUAAGCGAUGCAACCUGAUAAUAUCUCAUAGAUGACCCGAUGAUAUUAACCUGUCAGCCAUACAAAAGGCAAGGUUUUACCCUUUUCUUUGAAUUAUAGAGGACACUUCUCAGGCUUCUCGCAGUUUCCAAAACAACAACAAAAACAGCAACAAAAAAUCAAGACAACAGGAGUUUUAAGGUCAUCUCCUAUUUUAAAGUUGUUCAACAUGUCUGCAUGCUUGUGAAAGACGAAACGCUUCUAAGUGACAUGACCAUAUUACUGAAACACCUGGUUGCUUUAGCGCUAAUGUCAGCCUAAAAUGCAGCAAUUCAUUUGCAAAUUAAAGCAACAAUUCACAGUGAAAAGACUGCAGACUGUAAUGCCUUAAUGAGACAGAAGCAACUCUGAAACAAGUGUCAUUGUCUUAAUUUACUUGAUUCUCUGUACGCUGUUACAGUUUAUGUUCAAGAUGUUAUUUUUUGUUGCAGUUGUACAUUAAAGUUAUAUUUUAUA